AUACCACUUCGAACACAUCCAUUUAUGACAUUAAUUGAACGUGCAAAAUUAGAAUGGGAAUCAAAGCUUGCACGUCAAUCUAAAACUCUCAAAGAAGCCGUUGCGGAAUACAAGCGUAGAUAUGGACGAAAACCACCGGCUGGUUUUGAAUUAUGGUAUGCAUAUGCUACCAAGAAUAAUGUAAAUAUGAUUGAUGAAUAUGAUCAAAUAUCAAAGGAUUUGUUUCCACUUUGGGCAUUGUCACCUAACGAGCUGCGUAAAAGAGCUGAGAGAAUUCAAACACGAGAAAAGUCACCAUUCGUACUUCACUUUGAUGCGGAUCGGAAUCUAGCUCCCAUUGGUGAAUCAGCGGCAACAGGAAACGCGAAUUACCUGAGUCGACUUUGCCAGGAAUUCGCACCACUCCUUGCUUCAGCCAACUUACCGCCUGUUUCCAUGGUUUUGCGAUCCCUGGAUGAACCUCGUCUUUUGUUAGGUUGGGACCAGCAGAAGCGGUUAUAUGAACUGGCAAAACUCGGUCAAUAUAUGGCGGAAGACUGGGCUGUGCAUUGCCCUCCAGAAUCACCCAUCCAUCGAGAUAUUAUCCACUCAUCCUCGUCCCAAAGGUCCCAAAGGGCGCUAAGAUCAGGCAGAGAUGAUCAACAAUUACCAUCAAAUCAUUCUUGGAUUUUCCAUCAUCCUCGUUCCAUGGACAUUUGUCUGAAUCCUGAUAAUAUUGAUCAACACGGAGCAACAGCAGGUCGAGCUUGGCCACCCAGUCCUAUGGUCCCACUCUUUACUCUCUCAAAGACACCUCUUCAUGCAGAUAUUCUUGUAGUACCGCCUUUGUGGGAUGCUAAAAAUGAAUAUACCAACUCGAUUCCUUGGUCUAAAAGACCUUAUGACAAGUUGUUUUGGCGUGGUACUUUUACACAUCAACCUAAAUCAAAUACUCGUGUUUUGACUGGAGAUGAGAAAAUCAUGAAUUCAAUAAAGACUAAUCAAAAACAAUCAUCAAUUCAUGAAUUCGAAGCGAAUGAUUCUGAUCUCAUUCAACGUUAUUUGAAUAUCAGUUUAGUGGGCGGUCCAUACGAAUGUGAUCCAAAACAAUGUGAAAAAUUGGCAAAGAUGAUUGAGUUUGGUAAAUCGAUGAAAAGUGAAGAAGAAGCCAAAUAUAAAUAUGUAUUAGAUGUAGAUGGAAACGGAUGGAGUGGUAGGUUUCGUAGAUUAUUAGCUACUCAACAUUUAGUUUUAAAAUCUAGUAUCUUGCCUGAAUGGUAUUCCGAUCGAAUCCAACCUUGGUACCAUUAUAUACCUUCAAAAAUCGAUUAUACUGAUUUAUAUGAUAUCAUGAGUUUCUUUACUGGAGAUAUGGACGGGAAUGGAGCUCAUGAAGAUUUAGCUGAGAUCAUUUCAUCUCAAGGUCGACAUUGGGCUCUUAAUUAUUUCAGGAGAGAGGAUAUGGUGGCUUAUAUGUUUAGACUUGUUUUGGAAUAUACAAGGUUG